AAUGAUGAACCUCCCAAGUCCCAAAGUUUUCCCAAUCCGGAGCCGUCCAAGUGUCCCCAAACCUCCAUAGCCAAAUGUGCAGAGACGACCUCAGGGUCAGACCCAAACCCCAAACCCGAAACGAGAAGACGACGAAAUGCCACUCUCGCUCCCACUCCCACUCAUCCGCCUAUUAGCAGUAGCAGAUCAUCCCCUCUCAGUCUCCUCUGCCCGCUUCUUCUGGCCGGCUCCGCCGAACCCUAGCGAAGGUCGCCAUGGCGAGGCAGCACUCCUCCGCCGCCUCGUGGGUCCCGCUUCAGAGGCGGUGGCUGCUCGCGAUCAUCUUCAUGCUCUCCGUCACCACCCUCGUCGCCUUCUUCUCUAGAUCCGGCAUCGAUCCCUGCGACCGAACAACAACGGUGGAGCACCUCGUCCAGAAGCGAGCCCAGAAGAGCCCUGCUCCGCCCGCCGUCGCCGUCACCGGGAGGGCCGAGCCGAGUCCGCUCAGCUUCAUGAAGUCCAAGCUCGUGCUGCUUGUCUCCCACGAGCUCUCUCUCUCCGGCGGACCAUUGUUGCUGAUGGAGCUCGCGUUUCUGUUAAGGGGUGUUGGGACUGAAGUUUACUGGAUGACCAUACAAAAGCCCCUGGAAGAGGAUGGGGUGAUAUACAAUCUGGAGCAGAAAAUGUUGGAUCGAGGAGUUCAGGUACUUUCAGCAAAGGGUCAAGGAGCUCUAGAUACUACUCUAAAAUCUGAUCUAGUUGUUUUGAACACUGCUGUUGCUGGGAAAUGGCUUGAUGCUGUUCUGAAGGAAAAUGUUCCCCGCGUCCUCCCAAAGGUUCUAUGGUGGAUUCAUGAAAUGAGGGGGCACUAUUUUAAGUCAGAUUACGUAAAGCACCUUCCCUUGGUUGCUGGAGCUAUGAUUGAUUCACAUGUAACGGCAGAGUACUGGAAUAAUAGGACCCGGGAGCGUAUGAGGAUUAAGAUGCCCGAGACAUAUGUUGUUCACCUUGGAAAUAGCAAGGAACUUAUGGAGGUUGCUGAAGACAGCGUUGCAAAAAGGGUUCUGCGUGAGCAUGUCCGGGAAUCUCUAGGAGUGCGGAACGAAGAUUUACUCUUUGCCAUCAUAAACAGUGUUUCACGGGGGAAAGGGCAGGAUCUAUUUCUACAUGCAUUCUAUGAGAGCUUGCAGCUAAUCCAAGAGAAGAAGUUGCAAGUGCCUCCUAUUCAUGCAAUAGUUGUGGGAAGUGACAUGUCUGCCCAGACCAAGUUUGAGACAGAAUUGCGUAAUUUUGUCACAUCGAAGAAGAUUCAGGACCGGGUUCACUUCGUAAAUAAGACCUUGACUGUAGCCCCUUUCCUUGCUGCCAUUGAUGUCCUCGUUCAGAAUUCUCAGGCACGGGGAGAAUGCUUUGGGAGGAUAACUAUCGAGGCAAUGGCCUUUCAGUUGCCAGUCCUGGGAACCGCAGCUGGAGGCACCACUGAGAUUGUUGUGAAUGGGACAACAGGCCUCCUACACCAAGUCGGGAAAGAAGGCGUGACUCCACUUGCGAAUAAUAUCGUCAAAUUAGCAACUCACGUUGAGAGGAGGCUCACCAUGGGGAAGAGAGGCUAUCAGAGGGUGAAGGAGAGGUUCCUCGAGCACCACAUGGCCCGCCGCAUCUCCGCUGUCCUCAAGGAAGUGCUCAGGAAGUCUAAAUCCCGAGCUCACAGCAAUAUGCUCUAGGAGAAGGAGGUUGAGAAAUGGUAAAAACAGAAGGCAAGAUGUCAUUUUUUCGAUAUUUGAGACUCGAUUUAUUCAGUGAUGUCUAGAUUGUCUAGAAAUUUUAGGAAGGCAGGCUCGUAAAAAGUUGGUCCCACUAGAUUGUCUAGAAAUUUUAGGUGGAUUGAUGUAGUCCUCUCAUUCUGCUCUACGCUUAGCUAUGUACAGGAUAUGUUUGUCGAAAAGAGCUGUAAAGGAAAAGCAUAGUUCCAGAUAAGGCAGCAAAUGCUUUUGCAUAGAUAGAAAUCCGAUGAUAUAAGUUUUCAGUCACAGAGCAACAUGCUUCGUUUUGCUUUGAUGGAGUAUGAAACUGUAAUGAGCAGAUUCCAAACUCAUUUUCACU